AUGAGAGAAUUCUAUAAGCUUGAGGCUCCAAGAAUCUACGGGUUUUUCAAAUGCAUAGAGGACAGGCAAUUUCUGUUAGGAUUAAGAAGGGUCACCAGAUAUACAGCUUAUAAAGUCCUCAAAUAUGCGCCAACUCCUAUAUAUGAUAAACUUUUCAGUAAAUCUUAUCUUCCAUUUGCUACAAGAUAUAAUCUUCCAAUACUUUUUACAGCGUGGCUUGGAUGGAAAGUCUAUCGUAAUGUUGCUUAUGACUCAAGCGACUGCAGCUGCAAGGCUAAGGCCUAA